GCCAUUUUCAAUGAAACGAUGUUUGCGCUGAUACUUUUCUCGGGCUCAACAGUUGCAUUUCAUGAUCAGCUGCUUACUGCACUUCAGUAUGGCGCCAUACCAGUGAUCCUUUCUUUGCGGCCAGCUUUACCAUUUCUGGGAUUUAUCGAUUGGCGUCGUGUUGUGUACAGAGUGCCAGUGCAACGAUUACCCGAGCUGCAUUUCAUCCUGCGUUCUUUCGCGCCUGCUGAUAUUCUAGAAAUGAGACGCCAGGGGCGAUUCGUACUGGAAAAUUAUCUCAUCGAUAAAAAAGCAGUUGUCGAGGCGUUGACUGCCGCGUUGAGAGAGCGCAUUGGUGUGCCUGGUGAGCUUACAGCGGCUGUGAAGCCCAAUCCUCUUUUUGGUAACCAGUUCACAGCUCCACAUUUAGUACCGGCAAAAGCACCGGAAGAAGAGUAUUUGGGGCCACGUGAAGCGCCACACAAGUCUCCUCCAUACACGCAUAACUACACAUCUCAACAAAUGUACUCAUAUUAUUGGUGGAAUCAUUUCGGCCACGUAGCAGGUCGAUCUUUGGAAUUCAUCACCAAUGAGCCUCCAUUUCCGUCCCAGUUUGAGUAUGGUGAAGGCCCCGAAUGGGGCUUCCGUCCAAUUGCACCUCCUGCAAGUGGACUGACGUUUUCCACGGCGCUUGGUGGCAACAGACCACGCGAACAGACAAUUUUAGUUGUUAUUCUUACUUAUCAACGUGAUGCAAUUCUUGCUGCUGCUCUCGAGAGACUCAACAACAUGCCGUAUCUAAACAAGGUUUGCUUUGAAUUCUCCAAUAAUUUUAAUAUGUUUGAAAUAUCUUAA